AUGGAGCCUCUACCGCGAUGGUCUAAGUAUAUACAGCCCCAUCCAUUCUGUCGCUACCGUGACGGAGUGAGGACCUUCAAGGGUGGUGCCGUGACAAAUAACCAGGUCCGCGUCGCGUCCCUGACCCCGUCCGCCCAGACAGGUGCACUUCCAACAUCGGACAAUCAGGCAGUGAUCACCUCCGAACGUGUUGCGUCCGAUGCCACGCGCAUGCAGCCCACCCAAGUUCCCAUGGUGGUCUUGUCCAGAACUCAAAUCCGACUUGAGGGCGCAGUCUGCAGACUGGAUUGGAUGGCUGAAACACCGCCCACCCAUGGGACUGGUUCCCGACCUUGA